AUUCGACCAUGUUGUCCCCACACAGCGCGAUGACCAAGAACGCAAGCUGCGGCGUGGCUGCAGGCCGCGCCGACGACUACGACAUGAGUCUUCACAUCGCGUCGGUCUUUAUCAUCCUCGGCUUGUCGGCGCUCGGGGCGGCGACGCCUGUGGCCACCAAGCACGUUACUAUUUUGCGCCACUUUGUCACGGUGAUGCCCUUCAUCAGCGCGUUUGGCGUCGGCGUUGUGCUGGCGACGGCACUCGUGCACAUCUUGCCGCCGGCCAACGACGCGCUCAACGAUCCAUGCCUCGAUCUCUCGUUCCCUGGACUUGCGAAUGUCAUUGCGGUCGCCGCCGUGCUUGUGAGCCAGUGGUUUCAAACCGAGCUCGUCGCUCGGUUCAAUCCAAUGCGUGUCGACAACAAAGCUUGUGAUUUGGCUACGAUCGAAGACGGGGUGACCACCACCGCGUCACCGCUGCAUCAAGUGACACCCUUUCAUUGCCACGAGCCAGUGCCAAAGCUCAAUGCAGAGGACCCGACGAGUCGGAAGAUUUCUGUUUUGAUCUUUGAGCUUGGUGUCGUGAUCCACUCGGUCAUCAUUGGCCUCAACCUCGGUGUCGCUUCUGGCACAACGUUCACGACGCUCCUUACGGCCAUUUGCUUUCACCAGUUCUUUGAAGGUGUUGCGGUCGGGUCCUCGGCGCUUGUUGCGUUUGAAGAGCUCAAGACCACGCUCUGGACUGUACUUGGCUUUGCAGUAGCGACGCCGCUCGGUAUUGUGCUCGGUAUUGGUGUCUCGACGACGUACGCGGCGUCCUCGUCGACUGCGCUGUGGGUGCAAGGCUGCAUGAAUGCAGUGGCAGCCGGCAUUUUGAUUUACACUGGCAUCGUCGAACUCCUCGCCAACCAGUACACCAACAACCCGACAUUCCUCGCCCAGUCGGGCAAAACGCGAGCUUUGACGUACGCGUUUCUCGGAUGUGGCGCCGCCGCCAUGUCGACAAUAAUGUACUGGACGUAAAAUCGUCGCACCCACAGACCUCGACAUACCAUUGAAGGACGAGGAAGGAGUGCGCGAGCGUCUCCAAUUGUAAAUUGACCAACUCUGUAAUACGUUCUACAUGACACCUUUCAUUCUAUCUAACUGUAUCAAGAGACUUCCUCCAUUUUGA